CGUGCGGAUAGAAAGCGGGACCUGCCCUCCCGUCGCCAUUUUUUCGGUCUCGUAUUUGCACUUCUGCUGGCUCGGGUGAGGGGGCGACCAGCCGUAUUAAGGGAAAGUAUUAAAAGAUAGAAUCUUUAAGCCCGGGAUCCCUCGUGAGCAGUUUCGGGAUGCACGCGGGAGCUACAGCUAGCACCUGAGAUGCACGCGCAGGAGACAAACCGAUGCUCUGAAAUAAUUUUUUGUGUGAAGACGUGUUGCGGGCCGCCAUUUUUCUGCUCACAAGUCUGCUCCGAGUCGAGAGAGGGGAUUCAAAAACGCAUUUCCAUGACGUGUGCCUUACCGUAACACCAAGAAGAUACAAAUUAAUCACUUCGUUAUCCGACCCGCGGCUACUGGCAACCUUUUUACAGACAUGAGGAUUUAUCAGAUGAAAAACUGAGGCCACCUUUUCCGCUCUCAUAACUGACACUGACUGGAGGAGAUAAAUUAUUAGAAGAGAAGCUCUGUUUUCUCGGAAGGCGGAACGAAAAGGGGAAGCUUCAUUGAUCAUUUUUGUUACUUCGGCCUUCGUCGAUGUUUGCCUCUCGUAUUAAGUUUAUAUGUUUUAUAUUUUGGCCGCUCCAACAAUAACUCAGCCGUUGACUGCUGAACACAGGAACCACAUUAUGCUUCAAAGUUGGAUCCAGCCAGUCGCAGCCUGUCUCUGAAAAACGUCAGGUUGUUUGUGUUUUUUUUGUUUUUUUUAAUGUUGUAUUUUUUUCAAUAAGAGGUCUCUGGAGCCUGCAGCAUUUUUGCAGAAAUCACUCAGAAAAAAACCUCAAAGGGCGACGGAUGCCCUGCUCUGCAUCUCCCAAUUUCAACCACGCAUACACGUUUUAACUUAUUGUCUAGUCUGUUUUGUAAUUUUUUUUUCAUUUGUAGACUGAUAUUAACUUAUUUUUGAACAGAAAUGUCAACUGCUCGGUUUGAUUCAGCCGAUCGGUCCGCCUGGUAUUUUGGACCCGUGUCGCGACAAGAGGCACAGAAUAGGUUACAAGGACAGAGACAUGGCAUGUUUCUUGUUCGAGACUCGUCGACCUGCCCAGGCGACUACGUGCUGUCAGUGUCUGAAAACUCCAAAGUGUCUCACUAUAUCAUCAACUCUUUGCCCAGCAAGAGGUUUAAGAUAGGCGACCAAGAAUUUGAUCACCUCCCUGCCCUGCUGGAGUUCUACAAAAUCCACUACCUGGAUACGACCACGCUGAUAGAGCCAGCCCCCAGGUACCCAAGCACAGUGAGUGUUCCUAUCCAGCCCAUGGGUGUCCCAGAGGAGAACCAGGAGUAUGUGCGGACUCUAUAUGACUUCACAGGCAGCGAUGCAGAGGACCUUCCUUUCAAGAAGGGGGAGGUCCUUUGCAUCCUGGAGAAGCCAGAGGAGCAGUGGUGGAGCGCCAGGAGUAAAGACGGACGUGUCGGGAUGAUCCCUGUGCCCUACGUGGAGAAAAUGGUACGACCCACGCCCCACCCUGGCCAGCCUACCCAUGGAUCUCGCAACUCCAACAGCUACGGGAUCCCGGAGCCCUCCCAUGCCCUCGUCCAUGCCUACGCCCAGCCGCAGACACCUUCGCCAUUGCCCCCUGGCACACCUGGGGCAGUUAUCACCCCUCUACCGUCCACGCAGAAUGGCCCUGUCAUGGCAAAGGCCAUCCAGAAACGAGUGCCGUGCGCCUAUGACAAAACAGCUCUUGCUCUGGAGGUCGGUGACAUUGUCAAGGUUACACGGAUGAACAUCAGUGGUCAGUGGGAGGGAGAGGUGAACGGACGGCGGGGUCUCUUCCCAUUCACCCAUGUCAAAAUCAUAGACCCCCAGAAUCCAGAUGAGAGUGACUGACCCAAGCGUUCGACUGGGCCCUCUCGCCAGUGUCGACCCGCACCUGAAUCUGCUGGCUGUCUCCACCUUUCCCGCCAGUGUCACCACGGUUACGUGCUUGCCUGCUUGGGGCUGUACCAUGAUAGCGACCCUUAUGUUGUUGCCAACCGUUGCAAGGCUUUCUGACUGUUUACAGUUUUGGACAUUGGAUCAAAACUAAAACCUGACCCCUCUUCAUCCCAGUUCCCUUUCCCACGUCUUUGUUCUGGGCUGGGCAGUGUUUUUUUUUUUUUUUUGUUUUUUGUUUUUUGCAUUAGUAUCCUUUUUUGUUUCCAGGUCACUGGGCAUAAGUGUGAGAGUGUAUGUGUGUGUGUGUAUGUAUAAGUGCAUGUGUGUGAAUGGACAUUUACCACAUUGCAACUUGUCCUUUUUUUAGUUUCUCUGAAUAUUUGUUAUUUUUGAAGUCUUGGGAACUUUAGAAAGUGUUGGUGUGUGUAUGUUUUGUUGAUGUGCAGAUAUUUGUACGAAGUAGGGAGACACAGUAUCCCUAUGGACUUGGGAGAGCACUGAGGCAACAAGGAGCUAACCAGCCAGUCAAAUGUUAUUUCUCCAAACAAUCAAGUCACUGUUGUACCUUAACCAUUACACAAGCACACAAUUGUGCACACUUAUUGGCCGUGCGUUCUUCGGGUUAACAGGUUUUUGAUGUGUAUGUGUGUGUGAUUUUUGUGUCAGGAGGAAGCAGGAGAGAUGGGUUCGCGGAGGAUCAAGGUCGUUCCAUGACAAAGUAGAUCCCAUUAUUCCACCCACUGUACAUCCUGGCACAAGUCUGGCUGAUGAGACUAUUUAUCUUUUUGUUAAUAAGACAUGACUCGGUUAUAAGUGAUUUAUCAUAUUUUUCCUAGUAUUUGUGUCACAUUUGUGCCACAUGAUCAACAUAGUUUUUGUUUUUGUUUUUGUUUUGUUUUGUUUUGUUUUAUUUGUAACGGACAAGAUAUAUGGCAGAGGGGUGACUUUGCAUGUCCACUGGGUACCUCACUGUACUGCCCUGUACAUUAUUUUCAACUAAACGGACAUUGCUUAGAGAUUAGCAGGUUUUUUUUUUUGUUUGUUUGUUUGUUUUUUAGUACAAACAGCACCAAGCACUAGAAAAUAAAUCUCAACGUUUUGCAGAGUAGUGCGAAGUUUUUAACAGAUUUUCAAAAAAUCAAAUAGCAACAAUAGCAGUAGCCCUGGCCAGCACUUAAGCAUGUGACUACAAAGCUUGCUAAAAUUCGCAGUGUCACGGUCUGAGAACGAGGACCGAAAGUGAGAAACCCCACUUUCAGUGGCAUAGGUCAGGGAAGGAGGAAAUGUCUCAGCAAGCCAAUGAGAUCCCAUUAAUGCCUUUUUCAGAGAGUAAGAUAAAUGCAUCUUUUAUGCAUCUUAUGUUUUUAAUGUGCUGUUACUCUUGUCCAUAUAGGAUAUUCUACUAGCUUUAUUCCUUAAAUAUUUGGUCUGUGCACAAUUUCUGAUCCCUUUUUAUGCAAGCGGACUCUUCAUCAAGAAGAGUGGAAAGCAUCUUUGUUCAUACUGUGCUGCAACCGAUUCUAUUUGAUCAGUAGAAGCUGAGGAUUAAACAGUCGUGCGAACAGUGCUCACCCCUAGAUUUCUGCUGUAAAAAUGAACUAUUCCCACCCCCCCCACCCCCCUCUCUCUCUUUCUCUCUCUCUCUCUCUCUCUCUCCUCUUAGUGCUUUUCGUUCAAAUCAUUGCUCAGCUGUUCACUCGGAGUAAUAUUGUGCCGCUUUAGUUGUAUUGCAAUUUCUUUUCUUUCUUUUUUUUUCAUUUUUUUUUUUCAUUUUCUCUCAAUUUGUAGUCGGCUGUUAAAUCAAGCAUUUUUGUUAAAAUGAGUGAUGUUAUUAAACUAAAAGUACCUAAGGGGACAUUUACAAAAGGGAAAAAAAGCCUGCUGGUUGCCUCUGUGCAUGACCUCUUGGCCACGGAGAUGGUUCUAGGUGGCCAAAUGCUGCUUAAUGUCAUUUAUUUCCUUAUUAAAUAAAGGUUUCUCUCAUUUUAAUGCCUCCUGGUCUGCAACAUCACACCAGUGUGGCUUUUCCUCGUCAGACAUAAUGAAAUCUACUAAUUAAGCAAUACACCCUGAUUCUUUACUUUCUAGAGGUGAACUUGCUUUUCUCAUGCUUCUGAGUUGUUUUGUAAUGGCAUUAACAGUAUUACUGUGCUCUCUUCUCAUAUUCUAGGAAAGCCUGUCUUUUACUUAAAAAUUGAAAAUUGUGCCUUUUUAUUUUCUUAUACCAUUUACAUGUGUUAAUAUUUCCCAUGGUUAACACCUGUGCUGGUAUUGACCCUUUAUGUACAGGACAAAUAAAAUAAAAUCUACGUCUACUUCUUUAA